AUAAAGAAGUCAUCACAACAAAAAUGAGUGAAAGUCCACCGUUUAUGGUUGUGAAAUUCUUAUCUACUGAUGAUGAAGAAACUGAUGAUGAAUGUUACGAGGUGGCUCUUUCAAAAUGGCUUGAAGAUUUAGAUGAAAAUAGGAUUGGAAAUAUAUUCUGGCCAGAAGAUAAAUCUAUAGCAGGGACAUUAGUUCGAACUCAAGCAAAUGCGGAAUCAAAUUGGCCCACUUAUACAGUGGAAGUUAAAAGAUACUAUGAUACAUAUUUUCAAGCGCGAAAAGGAUUAACAGGAAUAAUAGAGUAUGCUUCAGCCUAUGAGACUGAUACUGGAAAAGAAAUGGGAAGAGGAAAGAGGAAGAAAAAAGUAAAACCAUUCACGUCUUCAGAGGAAUCUGAUAAUGAUCAGUGUGUAAAAGAUCAAUUGAAGAAAAAAAAGUGUAGCAUUCCUUCACCACCAACAAUCCAUGUUCCUGGAACUUCUAUCUCAACUGAUAAGAAUUCUGGUCAUAUUAAAUACAAAAGACAUAUUAUUGAAGAUUCCUCAAGCAUAAAAAAACUGAAAGUUGCAAAAGAUUCAAGUGAAUCUACAGGAUCAGAAAAUACUCGUGAACGAUUGCUUGAAAAGAUUAUCAAUGAAAGAAAAAAGGCUAUGAAAAAAAAUGAGAAAAAUAAUACUACAUUAUUUGCUGCACAUUCACAAGUUUUACAACCAUCAUCAGGAAAGCAAUCUACAUCUAACACCUUUCUUUGUCAACGUAACAUGAAGACUUCCUCUACAUCAAAAAUUGUGAAAUCUCCAGAGAAGACUGCAGUCAAUAAGCUCAGAGAAUUGUUUGAUAACACUAAGACAAAAACCAAAGAAAAGGUUAAAAAAUCUAAACCCUCUACAGCUUCUGAAGUUUCCUUAAAAAUUACACCAGGUCCUUCUAACAACUAUUCUGAAAGAUCUAAUAUGAGUCCUUCGACAGAGUCCGAUAUUUCAAGGAAAUCAGAUGAUCCGCUUAGAAACCCACAGAAAUCUCCUUCUUUGUUGAAUUUGGAAUUAAAAGAGAACAUAAUCCGAUAA